GAAUUUGGUUUGGUUUGGUUUGGUUUGGUCAUAGAUGCAACCUUAGGAUUUUAUUUAUUUAUUUAUUUUGGUUUAUUUAUCCAAAGCCACGAAUUUAAAAAUAUUUAGAAAUUAUUAAUUUUAAAAUAAAAAAUAACAUAUUUUAAUAAACACGGCUCUGGAAGUCCUUCCUACCCGAAUCAAGCUUGACCAUCGCUAGGGUUUCGCGAGAUUUUGAAAUGUUGAGAAGAAAACCAAGCAAGAUCGAAGUGAAAGUCGAAGACAAAGAAGAACUCGAAGAAGCUCGCAAGCGCUCCGCCUCCACUUCCGCUACCGCCACAGGCGCAACCUCUCUCUUACACCACCUCGACCGUUCCAAAGACCCUUCCUCCAAGCCCCAGCGUAUCGGCCUGUCUUCCUGAAACCUAAACCCUAACCCUAAUCAUAACCCUUAUGGAGGUCGAGGUCAAGAUGCGUCUCCCUGACGCAGCCGCCCACGGUGCCCUGGCCGCCGUCCUCUCUCCUUUCCGCCUGAAAACCCACCGCCAGGAUAACCUCUGCUUCGACGGCGCUGCCGGGGAACUCUCCUCUCACCGCGCCGUACUCCGCCUCCGAUUCUACGACGACGAUGCCAUCUGCGUCGUCUCUCUCAAGGCCAACGCUGUUCUAAUCAACGGCGUCAGUCGCGUGGCUGAAGAUGAGGAGGAAUUGGACCCCGCGAUUGGCCGCAGUUGUGUGGCAGAACCGGCGAGGCUUCGGUCGGUUGAGUCGAGAGUGGUGAAGAGGGCUAGGGAUGAGUUUGGGGUUGGUGAUGGGGGCUUUGUGUGCUUGGGUGGGUUUAAGAACGUUCGUGAUGUUUAUGAAUGGAAGGGAUUGAAAUUGGAGUUGGAUGAGACCAAGUAUGAGUUUGGAACCUGUUAUGAGAUUGAGUGUGAGAGUGCUGAUCCUGAAGGCGUAAAGAAAUUGCUUGAGGAAUUUUUGAAGGAGAAUGAGAUAAGUUACUCAUACUCCAAGGCCUCAAAGUUUGCAACUUUUCGAUCAGGAAAGCUGCCACAGUGAGUGAACUGUACUUGGGUUUGUGUGUUUUGCCUUAACUGAUACUUUCAUAUGGAAUUGAGAUUUGAGACAAUUUCUUUCUACGAAAUAAACUCGCAUGUAUUUAUUAUUGAACCGGUUUGGGCUCACUGGAAUUUAUGGUAUCUUUACUGAUCA